AUGGCCAAGUCCAAAGCGGCUAAGCGUAAGCGCAAUGCACAAGUCGACCUUCCACAAAAGCUCCCAAAGGCAGUCCCGAAUCUAACACCGCCUCCCGAUGGCGUAACCGUCGAGUCAACGCAUCUCAAUGCUGUCGUCUCAGACGAGGAACUCGACAUCACAAUUGAAACACUUACAGCACUUGCGGAGUAUCCCAGCCUAACAAAGUCGAAGGCAUGCAAGGACCUUCGAGUCGCAGUCUACGACUUCCGUCAGGCAUGUACUACGGGCGUUAACACUGCUGAGGGCGCCAACUUGACAGCGCGAAUAACUGGUGCAUUGGCGGACGAGAAAUAUAUUGAAGCCAGGAUCUUGCUCGCCGAGAUGAGGAUUAGGAAAGAACAGCCCAAAAUCGGAGCCUUGUGUCGCUGGGUGCGAGAUUUGGAUGUCGUCAGCGGCCUUUCGACACAGCCGAAAGCACAAGAUCAUACCCCCAUUCAGCGCAGUGCCAAGGAGAUGGAAAUCCUCGGCGUCCUUGAUGCCAUCCUGCGCGUCAGCACCCCGAUUGACACUAACACCAACGCCAUUGACUCAACCGCUCCCAUCGCCUUCCAGUCUAUCUGGGAUCUUCGCCCCUCGACGACACCACUUCCAGUCUAUGCCUCGGUCCUUGACAAAUCAAUUUUGAACGAGGCACCCAAGUCUCCAUCCGCCCUCCGUGUCAUCGAACGAACCCCGGGCCCACUCCGCAAACCACCCAAUCACCAUCCAGCCAUCCUAUAUACCACCGCCCCGAACGCUGUUCCACUGGCUCCCAUCGGUCCUACUAUAACAUACCAUCCACAUCCGGCAGUGCCAGGCCUCGGCCUCGCCCUCAACGUGCUAUCCGAGGCCGAGUGCAAGGCGAUCAUCGCUGCCGGUGAAUCUGUCAAUUUCCUUCCGGACGCGCCCCUUCGCGAAGAUGGAGAUAUAAGCAUUCUAGCCCACAACUUUUACUGGAUAAUUGAUACCACAUUCCACGACAUGCUUUGGGCGCGAAUUUCUCCUUAUGUGCCUCCCUCGAUCAACGGGCGCUUGGUCCGAGGUAUCAAUCGCCGGUUCCGCGUGUACAGGUACGUCCCCGGCGCUGAAUAUCGGUGCCACAUUGAUGGAGCCUGGCCACCGUCCGGUAUUCUCCCGGAUGACACAUACGUGUACGACUCUUCGCCGGAGGAUAAGAAGCAGAGUUCUAUGUACACCUUUCUACUAUAUCUCAACGAUGAGUUUGAAGGCGGAGAGACGACGUUCUUCAUGCCAGCUCCGCGGGAGGGAACCCUCAAUGGAUACCCGGUGCGACCUGUGAUGGGAGCUGUUGCGAUCUUCCCACAUGGGGAGUCAAAUGGAGCCUUGUUACAUGAAGGUACAGGGGUAAGGAAGGGGGCAAAAUAUAUCAUCAGGACUGACGUAGAGUAUGAUAUCAAGCCCUGCGAUGAGUGA